AUGUACUGGGGAACGGGGAAGGGAGCAAUCCAACGAGACUCUUGUUUCCAGGCAAUUGAAAUCGAUCCUCCUGAUGACGUGGAAUAUGACGUGGAGACAGGAAUCAACUCUUCGACGUACGUAGUGAUGAGCACAAUUGAAAAUUGAAGAAGACUACAAUAUUUGAUUGCAGACACGCUCUCAUGCACAAUUUCGAAGAGGAAAGACCCACAUCUCUAGUCGCAUCGCUCCGAGAAAGCGCUAAAAGCUCGAAACGAAAAGUGUGAGUACUUAAUUGCAUUCUUUCAUUUCCGACUAUUCUUGCCUUCAGCAAAUACUAUUGUUCAUUCGUGUUCACACCCAUCAAAAAGUUGCUGACCACGUUCAAACUGCUCAUAAUCAUUGGCCUUUACUCAUUUGCAGGCGCCCACUUAUUCAUGUAUUUAGAAGUGAGCGAGCGACUUUGUAAUCACUGAAAAUGAGCGUACUCUGUUGUUGCAGGUUCCCACUGACUUGGAGACGAAAGAAGAUGGAUUUCAUCAGAGGAAAAUCGCGAGGGAAGUUAUGAUUUUAAAGUGAGUAAAUUGAAAUCUAGAAAUCUUUGAAUCUAGACCGGAAGCUUUUAGUCUACGAGCAAUUCACUACGACAAUCGAGAAGACAGAGAAGAGCGGUGGAAACAUGCCAUUCUGAAGUUCGAAGCCGAUAUGGGACUGGAAGAGCCUGUCAUCGACACCGUCUGGACGUUCUGGAUGUCCUUCCUCUACGCGGGCACCAUAUUCACCACAAUCGGUAGCCUCAAGCAAUCGUGGAUUCUCUAACAGAAACAGUCCAUCCUAGGCUACGGAAACAUUGCUUGCAAGACGCGCGCCGGUCAGAUUGCCACAAUGGUCUACGCGUUCGCCGGAAUUCCCAUCAUGCUCGUCAUGCUCACCUCGCUCAACAACUUUCUGCUCAAAUGGAUUAAAAUCAUUACGAACGGAGUGUGCGAUCUUCUGCUUUAUACAGGUACGUAGCUGCAUGGUUUUAAUAAAAUAUAAGAGCAAUGUCAGGAGUACGGAUGGGUCUCGCUGUUAUCCGACAAGAUGAGACACAGAAAAGAUUGAGAUACACGAAGAUAGCGAGGAAAAUGAGUGAAUGGAAGAUAACGAAACAUGGCGCCGUGAGCAGUAUAGCGGUGAGUUGAUAUAGAUCCCCUUAAGUGUUUCAAUCGAUUUCAGAUAAGUAGAUCAGAAGAGAAUCAACUGAAUACAGUGCUGAACGAGGAAGAGGAAGAGAUGGAGCCGGAUCCGCCCGUGUUCUCCACUCUCUUCGCCACCGUCGCCUGGAUUAUGCUCUCCGCCGCAGUGUUCUGUCUCUUCGAGGACUGGACUUUCUUCACCAGCUUCUAUUUCUGCUUCAUUUCCCUGACAACGAUCGGAUUAGGAGACGUGACGCCGGCCAAUCCAGAGUACAUGAUUGCCACGUUCGGAGUCGUCAUCGUUGGACUGUCAAUGCUCACAGUUUGCAUCGAUGUCAUCAAAGAGAAACUCGCUCUCAUGUACAUGGCCCUGCUCCAGAAACUGCUGAAAGACUACAUGGAAGCCGUGAAGAACGGAGAUCCGAAUGCGGCUUCCGCGAUGAUGGCCGGAUUCCAGGGAAAGGCAAAGUACUUUAUGCCUUUGAUUAGUAAGGGAGACGGCGCGAAAGUGAUGAACAAGUUCAAGGAGGAUUGCUCCAAGAAAGGCAUCGAUCCGCCGUCCGUCCUGACAAAUAUUAACCCGGAGACCGGAAUGCCGGCGUUUGCCAAUGCUCCGAGAGAAGAUUUCAACGACUACAUUGAAGUUGUAAGUACUUUUCAACAGCUUCAGAAUUAUCCUAUUCGAUUUGAGGCGGAAGAACUGUUCGCGGAAGAGCAGCAGAGACUAGUUGCCCAGACACCAUUAUCCAAAUCCGCCGACUUUCUGCAAGCUCCGUCUCGGAAAGCUUCAGAGUCCACUGGAAUCGCUCAGAUGGCCACGCCUAUUAUGAAGGUUUCAUUGGAAGUGCAAGCGGGAACGACAAUGGGAAAGUUUCACGAUUAUGGUUCACAGACACAGAAUGAGAGCUCCGAUGAGGGAAUUCAGACGGACUAUAGUGUGGAUUUGGAGGCAGAGAAGAGCAAAAAAGAACCGGAGAAGAUUAUGUCCGAUGUGGGCACUCAGUACGAGAUUGUGAUGUGAGUUGAGUUGAGAUCAUCUGAAAGAAAACCUUCUUUGCUCAGAUUGACUUCGAUCGGAAUACAACCAGAAGUGUCGUCCAUCUAUCAUGGAACCGAGUUUGGCGAACAUUCGAGCGGCGAGGAUGAAGAAAGUGGAUGUGAAUCUGAGAAUGAAGACGAAUUCGAGUCGUCAGAAGAGGAAGAGAGCACGUACAAAGAAACGGUCCUUCCGUUCGAAGUUGCCGAUCCGGGAACGGUGGCACUUGGACUGCAGUCUCCACCGAUCCAGAUUACUCCAUUCACAGACGACGAAUCUGGAACGAGUGAAGCGAAAAACUCUCAUGUAAAAACCGAGACUGCUCCAGCACUUGCAAAACUGACGCCAGGAAAAGUGCUAAAGUCCGCAUCAAUGGACUCGACGGAUACUGUGAUUCAUGUGAAGCCAGGGGAAAUCGCGAAGGAAAAGAAAGAGAAGCGGAAGAGAAAGAAGAAGCUGAAAACGAAGAAGACAAGAGAACACGAGCUGAGAUUCUUGAAGAACAGCGGGAAUCAAACGUCGCCUGUUCUUCUGGAUUGCGCGACUCAGUACGAAGUGUUCACUGUCGAGAGUGGAUCUCAAUAUGAUGUGAAGGGACGGAGCAGAAAGUGCCAAACGAAGUUGUCGAGCAUCAAUCACGAGCAACUGCAAGGCAUUCGGGAGACUGUUCAGAAGCUGAGAAGGAGAGAAAGUGAGAUGAGCAGGGUGACGAAUGUGUCUGAAAGUGAUUGGGAACUGUCGAGCAGAGCCAGCGAAUCAGGCAAGGAGGCGGAAGAGAAGUGGGCGGAAGUCAGUCUGGAUCUGUCGGUGAUUGCGCUGGGAGUCGACGAGACCGGAAAGGUUGUGGAAGUUCCGAAGGCAGUGCCACUUUUAUCGCAUCCUCCGCCAUCUACUCAAUCCUCGUUAUCGCCUACCUCUGAGAACAUGGAAGAGGCAAAAACGAGCGCUUCCGAUUCGACGUCAGCCGAGAAAGGGCAUUUAGAUUCUGAAGAUGAAGAGAUUGAGAGUUUGGAAGAGUUGGAAAUGUACUCGACCGAUACUGGGGCACAGACGGAAGAAAAGGUAAUGGUGGACAGGCAAGAGCACGCCACUCCGAAGAUGUUGGAGAUCAUGAAGAACUGCACAACACAGACGACGUUCAGGUUACAAUAAUAGAGAAAAAAACGGGAAAUUAUUGAAUUUUCAGCACUUUCCACUUGCCUCAGAAGGUGUACGAGUCUGCAAGCACGUCGAGCGAAGAAGAAGAAGAAGAAGAAAAGAAGGAAGAAGCGAAAGUGCAGAAGUCGAAAAGCGAAGUGUUCUUUAUGACGGAGACAGGUGUGCAGACAAUGCACACUUCAUUCCAUUUGGAAGAAAAACCGAAAAGGGAAGAGGGAAUUCAAACGAAGGAGCAAGUUGAGGAAGAAUGGAAGAAAAAGAGCACACGGAGGACAUGCCGUUGUUCUUGAAAGAUUCCGACUGUCAGACUGUGGAGUUGGAGAGCCGAACAUUGGCAACAUCCACAGAAAGUUUGAGAUUCGCGGAAGUGCAAGAGACUUCUGAAGGCUGCAGUCAGACAGAAUUGGAUACGAAUGAAUCGGAGAUGCAGACGCUUAUUUUGAAAUGUACGCAUUAUCCGUUUUCAAAGCCAAAUAGCCAUUUUUCAGAUACUGAGAACACUAUGCAAACCGACGAAUCCACUCGGAUCGAGGGAGAGUCUCAAACGGAAAUUAUUCUCUCCGAGGCUGCUGCUGAGAUGGAAACACAGACGGAAGUUGCGAUCAGUCGGCAAAUGGAUUCUCAGACAGAAGAUAUAGCACAGUCUACGGCAGUUGAGCGCCAGACGGAUGAGAUCCACAAGUCACAAUCCCUAGACCAUUCAAAACCCGAAACGUCUUCUUCCCUUUGCCAAACAGAUUCUCAAUCAAGGUCGGAAGCCGGAGUUCAAGUUCUUUUACCAGUUGUACGCGCUCCUGUUGAAUGUCAAACUGACCCAACAGCAGUGGAAGCUGUCGAAGUGCAAACGGAUUGGGAGACGUGCACUUCGGAUUCACAAACGGAGACCAUUGCUGUGGAUAGCAUUGAAAUACAAACGGAAACGGUAUGAUUCGAGCACCAAUCAGUUCCAGAUGAAUGUUCAUUUCAGGCGGAAGUCUUCACCUCUGAAUCACAAACCGAAUAUGCCAACUUGAGUAGUAUCGAAAUGCAAACAGAUGAUGCAAGUUAAGAAGUUUCACCCUUCAACUUGACAUCUUUUCAGAAGGAAACACUGGCAUGCGAAUCUCAAACAGACUCGCCCUCCGUCGAUUUGCAGUACACUCAGACUGACGAAGUCGCCUUCGUUGGAGAUGUUCCGGUCGCCGAGAACGGAACACAAUCUGAGAAAACCGACCUAGUAGACACAGAGACUCAAUACGUUCGUUCCCAAAUCAUAACAGCUGGGAUCAGCCAAACGUCUUUCAGAUGACAGCCUCGUUCGAGGACAGGGACGUCCAAGCGAAGCCAAUCUCACUCCACACUCAGACUCAACAUUCCAUUGAAAUCGAUGCGAAAUCUUGCCAAACCGAAAUUGUGACUACUAGAAACAGAAGGAGUCAGGUAUUUUGAAACGAUAACAGACAUAGAGACGAACUAAUUUGUGUGAUUUCAUCCCAUUUCCAAUCCAAUCCCCCCGGGCUUUGUUCAGGAAAAUGAUGAGAUGGAGGAGGAAGAGAGCGAAGAGUCCGGCAAGCUGAAACUCGCAGUUCUGAAGAUAGACAACGAGAGUCAAGUAGAGGUGGACAGAUCGUCCAUCAACCUUUCCCCGAUUAGAAUAGACAUAUCGCAUAGUUUCACAAUGACCGAACCGGGAAUCUCGGAAGAGAAGGAAGUGCAAGUGGACGAAGAGAGUUUCGAAGACUACGAAUUCACUGAAAAACACUACUCCGGUCCGCUCUGGAGUGAUUUCGACUAUACUCUCGUGAUCGGAGAAGAAGAUGAAGAAGUUAUGGAUGGAGAGACGCAGACGGAAGACGGCAGUGAGCCCGACGUCAUCGGAGGAAGCAGAGAAGACCUACUCCCUACAAAUCUGUCAAGUGACAGUCUCACAGACGAGUUCGCUGUGCAGUGCACUCCAGAAUCAUGGGAUGUGAAGACUCAAACGGUCAAGUUCAAGAAGAGAAUAGACGAAAAGAAUGUGGAAGCGAAAGUGGAGACGAGCACGUCUACAGUGCAAGCGACGACGGAGAUGUGCGAGCAAAGUGCGGGAGGCGUCGGGGAAGACGACUGGCUUCAGGUGAACAGAGCACUUCCGACUGCCUUGGAUCAAUCCACUUCUACUUCACAGUUUCAGCAGCACUUCUUCUUCUGUCGGCGCACUUCUAAAGCAUGACGAUAAACUCACUUUCAACUUUCACUAACUUUCUUCUACUUCUUCUUUUUUAUUUACUGUCCUUUAUAGUCACCAUUGCUCAUUAUGAUCGUUAUUUCCAGGUUUACGUUCAAGAACUAGACGAAGAACGCCGUCUGCGUAUGUCCGACAUCGGCAUACAGACGGGAGUGCUCGCACGUGUACAGCACAUGUACACCCGACCCAUUUCGGACGACGUGAACGCCUCCACCUCCGCCCCGAUCACUCUUCGCAAGUCGUCCGACUCUUCGGAGCACGUCUCCGCAAAAACUGCGAAAAGCAGUGAAGAAUCAUUGGGACCAUCCGGAACAGCCCUGUCGACGACGGAAUCAAUGGACGAUCAUUUGUGGGCGGAGCGAGCAAGUCCGUUCGCAUCGAGACACGGAUCCAUGAAAAGAGGGAGAAGUGCGCAGGAUGUCGAGAAGAAUAAGGACAAGUCUAAUAUUGUGGGUCACGGUUUUGUGGGCAGAAAGUUAUUGAUAUUAUGAUUUCUAGGUUCAAGAUCUCCGUGCCAAAUUUGAAAUGAAAUCGCCGACGCCGAAAUCGCCAAAGGGCGAUGAGGAAGGAAGCUCCUCGAAAACCAAACAUUUCUUUAGCGGCGUGACACCGACUUGUUCUGAUCCAUGUUUUUUUUGCACUGAUUAUAAUCGGCCUUCUGAUGAGGACACUAAUAAACUUGUUAUUAUUUCGAGUAAGCUGUUAAGUUCUCAGAAAAGCAAUGGAGAAAAAAACUAUGAAAACGAAGAGCCACGGAGUCGGAGUGCUGACGAGUGGAGGAGAUUCUCAAGGUACGGUUUCCGAUUGGCUUCUGUUAUUCUCAGAUGCGCUUCAGGAAUGAAUUCGGCGGUGAGAGCCGUGGUGAGAGAGACGCUGCGUCGCGGGCACCGAUGUUAUCUGAUCAGGGAAGGAUUCACCGGACUCAUCACUGGAAAGGUCGAGCAGGCAACGUGGGGACACGUGGCGAACAUCACGCACAUCGGAGGGAGCACGAUCGGAACUUCCCGCUGUGACGAGUUCCGAACUGUGGACGGACGGAAGAAGGCCGGCAAGACGUUGUUCGAGAAGAGGAUCUUCCAUUUGAUUGUGAUCGGAGGCGACGGUUCGUUGAUGGGAGCGCAGAAGUUGAAAGACGAGUGGGCGAGAAUCGGAGAAGAGCUGUUCGCGGAGGGGAACAUUACCGAAGAAGUGGCCAACGAGGGAAGAGAGCUCCGUCUCGCGGGGAUCGUCGGAUCCAUCGACAAUGACUGCAUCGACUCGGACAAGUCGAUCGGCUCCGACACUGCCCUCCAUCGCAUCUGUGAAUCCAUCGACGGACUCGUCAUGACUGCGCAGUCCCAUCAGAGAGUGUUUGUGGUCGAAGUGAUGGGCAGACACUGCGGAUAUCUGGCCCUCACCGCUGCCAUCGCCGUCGAAGCCGACUACGUCUUCUAUCCCGAGUUGCCGCCAGAUGACAACUGGCCGGAACAGCUUUGUCAUCAACUUGAUUCCGUCAGAAAGGUGGUUGAAUAUCAUCGUCAACCUUUACCGUAGAAUGAUUUCAGUUUGGCAAACGGCAGAACGUGAUCAUUCUCGGCGAAGGCGUCGUCAACAGCAAGGGCUCGAAGAUCGACGGGAAAAAGGUGAAGGAAGAAGUGGAGACUCGUCUGCAGCUGGAAGUACGCAUCGCCACUCUCGGGCACUUGCAGCGAGGGGGAUCGCCGACGUUCCUCGACAGACUUCUCGGAUUGCGAAUGGGAUAUGAGGCUGUCCAGUGAGCGGAAAUAGCAAGAACGAAACUCAUUCGGAUCUGUUUCAGGGAAGUGUUGAGAGAGAAGGAUGACGACGGAAAUCCGAUGAUCGGACUCAAGAACGUGGCGAAAGUGAUGUGUCUGCGUGGCCACAACAUCGAGAGGAAUGAGCUGUCCCGUGUCAUCCGUCAUUCUGAAUCUGCGAAGGAAGAGACGUGCAACGGAAACUCCGAAGAGGCCUGCCAACUCCGCGGCGUCGGAUUCCUCGACAAGCAGUCAUAUCUCAAUGUUAGUCGCCUCCUCCUCCCGCUACCUUCCACAAUCCCCCUCUUUCAGUUUGUGUCAGUUCCCCUGACGUCUCAAAUGCCCGAACGUUCCAAAUGUUUCGCGAUAAUCCACAUCGGAUCGCCGUGUGCUGGAAUGAAUGCAGCCACGUACUCGUUCACUCGAAUGGCCAACCACUCGAGCAUCCAAGUGGUCGGCAUCAAAAACGGAUGGGAUGGAUUGAAGAACGGCGACGUCAAGAUGCUGACGUGGGAGAACGUGCAAGGAUGGGCUCAGGCAGGAGGAAGUCUGCUCGGCGCGAAGAGACAGUUGCCUUCCGAACUGGACAAAAUCGCCGAAGGACUCAACAAUUACAAUGUGGACGGUUUGGUCAUUGUCGGCGGAUUCAUGGCAUUCCAAUCAGCUCUGAUUUUUACGCAAACGAGAACCGAAUACUCGUGCUUCAACAUUCCGAUUGUCGUCGUUCCGGCGACCAUCUCGAACAAUUGUCCGGGGGUGACUCUUUUCUUAUUCCCUCCAGUUACCUACCUAUUCACUUUCAGACGUGCUCAUCUCUUGGCGCUGACACCGCUCUGAAUGAGAUCUGUCGCCAGGUGGACAACAUUCGUCAGAAUGCGAUCGGAAGCAAGAACAAAGUGAUGAUCAUCGAAACGAUGGGCUCUCGUUCCGGCUUCCUCGCCUCGAUGACCGCUCUUUCCACUGGAUCCGAGUUCGCUCUGAUUCGCCAGAUGGAAAUGACGAAGCAGGAUCUGCGGAAGCUGGCCGCCGAAACGAAGCAGCGAUUGGACUCGGGAACGCUCGAAAAGUAUCUUCUGAUCCGUUCCGAAGGCGCCAGUGACACGAUCAGUUCCUCGAAAGUCAAGUCGAUCUUUGAUAAAGAAAUGAACAACAACUACGGAGUGCGCUACACGAACCUCGGAUACAGUCAACUGGGAGGACAUCCGUCGUGCUUCGACCGUCAGAUGGGCAUCCGGAUGGGCGUGCGCGCCUUUGAGGGAUGCGUCAGUCCGGCCCGAAUGGGCAAGAGGGACUGCUGCGUGAUCGGGCUGAGAGGCAGCAGUCUGAGAUACGUUCCGGUGCAAGGGCUCGAGAAGAAGGUGUGCUUCGAGCACGGCAUUCCGCUUCAUCUCUGGUGGCUCGAUCUCUAUCCGCUCGUCGAGGCGAUGACCAGUCAGUUGUUUUUUCUUCUUUGCCCGAUCACAUUUCCGUGGGAGAAUGUAUUCAAAGCAAAUGUUAUGAAUCGCUUUUGUUGGCAACGACUAUUGACUGAGAUGUGACGUUUUUCUGUUGAACUUGCGAUUCGUUUACUUUCAGAGAAGCCGGAACACUUGGUUGCGGAAGCGUCGGCGAAACAAACUUGA